AUGCCAUUUGGAUUGAAGAAUGCGGGUGCGACAUAUCGAAGAAUGGUAGAAAAAGUAUUUGAAAAAUGGAUACAUAAAACAUUAGAAGUCUAUGUCGAUGACAUGUCAAUUAAGAUUAAAGAGGCGAAGGAUCAUGUUGAUGAUUUGCGAGAAAUCUUUGAGCAGAUGCGAAAAUUCAAUAUCAAGGUGAAUCCAGAAAAAUGCGUCUUCGGUGUAUCAUCAGGGAAAUUCUUGGGUUACAUAGUGUCCAAGAAGGGAAUAGAAGUUGAUCCAGAAAAAGUACAAGCAGUUAGAGAUAUGCCUCCACCUGCAACAGUGAAAGAUGUUCAAACGCUAAAUGGACUGAUAACCUCGUUGGGAAGAUGGGAAAUAUUGGUGGAUGGGUCAUCCAGUGGAGAAGGGAAUGGUAUUGGUAUUGUAUUCAUUUCACCAACAGGAGCGCGAAUGGCUUAUUCAUUCAUAUUGGAGUUCGCAUCCACAAAUAAUGAGACUGAGUAUGAGGCAGUUGUACAUGCACUAAAUCUAGCAAUUGAGAUGAAGAUAGAAGAUGCACGAAUAACUAGUGAUUCACAGCUUGUAAUUCUCCAAGUAGAAGGUACAUAUAGUACAAAUGAACCAUCUUUACAAAAAUACAAACAGUUCGUUAUGGAUUUAGCAGCGCGAAUUCCAAAAAUAAGUUGGAGACACAUAGGCAGAAAGGACAAUAGACUCGCAGAUGCAUUGGCCUUCAUACCCUCCAUGUUAAUAGACCCAGUUGCAAGGGACAUAAAAAUAGAAGCACUCUUUUUACCAUCCAUAGAGAAAAGAGAAACAACACAAACAGAUGUGAUGACAAUAGAAAAUAUAGAAGAAGAAACUGUGAGGGAAGACAAAGAUUGGAGAACUGAAAUCCAUUUAUAUCUAGAGAAGGGAGAAGUACCAAGAAAAGGGUUAGAGGCACCCAAAUUAAGAAGUCGUGCGACGAAUUAUGAAUUGAGGGAGGGCAUUCUUUAUAGAAGAUCAUUCCUUGGACCUUCGCUCAGAUGUCUUACACGAAAAGAAUGA